AUGAGGACGGAAUUGUUGUUUCAAUUCACCUUGCUAUUGACGAUAUUAUUGGUUGCUUCCUCAGAAGGAUUCUUCUUCGAAUAUCCUAAGAAAGUUAUAUCGCACUUUCUCCAAGCGUUAAAAGAAAAGAAAGAAGCGAAGAAAAGGCCGUCGAUAGAGCAUUUACACUUGCAUUAUUUCCCCGUGGUGCACGCGUUCCCCGAUCCACCGACGAAAGCGCCCAAGAAACAUGAACUCGACGAACUUCAUAAUGAACAUCUAGCUGCGUUCGGGUGGUCCGACCAUGAAUACAAACAUGUUCCUGAUCCUGAAAUCACAUUUCCAUCGUCCAUAUCGGAACCGUGGUUCGAAGCUAAACCAUGGAAACAUGAAAUUUUGGAAUCAGAUCUAUCAGAAACGGUGGAUGACAGUGAGAAUGAAGAUAUAUUUGUUCAAGUACCAUAUAACCAAAAGAUUAUCAUUGAAAAUGAACAUACGGGUAAGCUCAAAAAACUAAAACAUGGUCUAUUGGCAGCACUUUAUCAUAAAAUCACUGAUUCCAAAAAACAUCUGCAUCUGUGA